AUCGAAUUUAAUAUUUAAUAUUAGGACCACUUCAAAUUAAUUUAUACUAUGUACACAUGUUAAUUCAGGCGGCUAGCUUGGAUACACGAAAAUGCAUGCUUGACGAACGAGUUAAGUCAAGGUUAAACUGCGGACAUUACUGUCUCAGCUGACUCAGUUUGUGGUCGGCUCUCAUCCGAUGGGAAAGUGAGUUCCAGCUCGAAUCUCGUAACCACGUGUCUCAAUGGAAGAUCUUAAUGGAAUCUUGUAUAUUUUAAACAUAAUAUAGUAACUAUUUAUUGAGACAAGUGGGGCAUCUGUUUGACGGGAAAAUUCUACUUAAUACAAGAUUCCUUAAUUUACUCUAAAUUUUACUUACUCAAUUUCGUCUUUAACCAGUUUUAGGGGGAAUAGUUGGCACUAAAUAAACGAGUGAGGCCAGCUGAAGAUAGGCUACCCGCAUUAGGUCACUGGCUUAUUGUAACAAAUUAAAUCAAACAGAUAAACGGGCAGGUUAUCUGAGUCGAGGCGUGGCCUUGACCAUGCCUUCACGAUCAUCCCUGAAUGGUUCACUUCUUCCCGACCAUCACUUCACGACUGGGCUGCCCCGGCAUUUGUUACGAGAUGAAUCUGGUGUGGGUGGCGUUACUUCUGCUCGCUGCAGGGAAAAGUGACUGCGCGCGCAUUCUUGUUAUGCAACCUCACAAUGCCAGGAGUCACAGUAUAGUUGUGGAGCCAUUGUUUGAGGAACUGGCUUCUAGAGGACACCACCUUACAUUAGUCACCAGUUUCCCACAUAAACCUCCUCUACCAAAUUUGUACGAAAUAGACGUGUCUUACAGGCUAAGACCUAUGAUCAGCAAUUUCAAUUUUGAAUCAAUCAAUGAAUUAAUGCCAAACGUUUUCCAAUCCCCACUGUUCAUGUCGGACCUCGACCUGUACCUGUGCAACAACUCGUAUUCCGAACCACAAGUCCAGAAACUGUUGGAUUCAGACGAAAAAUUCGAUUUGGUGAUAACAGAAAUUUUCUCUUCCGACUGUUUUGCCCCACUCGCUCACAGAUUUAAUGCCCCUCUCGUUUCAGUCGUGACAAGCUGUUCUCUGCCGUGGGUGGCCGAUAGGGUUGGCCUCCCUGAUAAUCCGUCUUACAUCCCCAACUAUCUCGCUGGACUCCCCACCAACAUGGACUUAUACCAAAGAGUGUACAACACCGUCUUGUUAGUCUGGGCUAAAUUGGUCCACAGGUAUUACGCUUUACCUCAGUCACAGAAUAUGGCCAAUGAAGUAUUCGGUAGUUCUACUCCACCUAUAAACGAACUAAUUAAGAAUACAUCAUUAGUUUUGGUCAACAGUCACAUUUCUCUAUCUGUCAGCCGUCCUUUUCCUCCUAAUGUCGUAGAGAUUGGAGGUAUACAUAUAAGAAACACCUCGAACUCAUUGCCAAAGGAUUUGCAGGAUAUAUUGGACAAAUCAACUCAGGGAGCUAUUGUGGUCACUUUUGGUUCUCUAGUCAGAAUGUCUACCCUCCCUGAGCAGAUAAUCAAUAAUUUUAUGAAGGCAUUCUCCUCUGUUCCUCAAACUUUUAUUUUUAAGUAUGAAGAUGAUCUACAAGGAGUUCCUUCAAACGUCGUUAUAAGACAGUGGUUGCCGCAAAAAGAAAUUCUUGCACACAAGAACCUGAGAGCGGUUUUCGGCCAUGGAGGGAUGUCUAGCACAAUCGAAGCCGUCUACUUUGGAAAGCCUCUCAUUGGUCUGCCGUUUUUCUCUGAUCAAUAUUUGAAUGUAAAGGGGAUGGUGAGUCUAGGAGCAGCUGUCCAACUUAACAUGGAUGAUCUUUCAGAGGAUAACAUUGGAGCAGCCAUCAAAGAGGUUAUUAACAAUCCAAAAUACACAGAGAAUAUCAGGCGACUAUCAAGGCAAUUCCGGGACCGGCCUAUGUCAGCAAUGGAAACAGCAGUGUACUGGAUAGAGUAUGUCAUUAGACAUCAGGGGGCGCUACACUUGCGACCGGCCUCUGUCAGUCUGCCGCUCUACCAGUACUUACUACUCGACGUCAUCGCAGUGCUAUUUCUCCCAGUGUUCCUUCUCCUGUACUUUAUCUACUUUUUGUUCUUCAGGGCUGUAGAAGUUAGUCCCAACGAUCACAAGAACUAUAAACUAAAGAAAAACAAUUAAAAGCACUAUUAUAACUCAUUUUGAUACACAGAAAACACUUUUUAAAUAACAAAUAAUACAUUUAAUCUUCUUAUCCAUUGUAUUUAUUAAAAUUUGUUUUAAAUAUAAGUUUUAAUUUAAAAUAGACAGUACUAAAUGGGUAACUACAGUUUCCUGUUUUACAAAUUCUUAUAUAUUUAACUAAAUCGAAAAUUAUCAUAUAUUUGAUUAUAUUUUUAUAGUAUACUCAUAUGAUAUGUACAGAACGACUUAUUACAAUCUAGGGGUCUGUGUGAUGGUAAAAAGUUAGUGCCACUUGUUAUUGGAGUUUUUAUGGGAAUGUUCUAAAUGUCGAGAAUUACAGGAUAAUUGUUUAUAUUUCAAGUGUUUUAAGUAAUAAUACUAUUUUAGGUAUAUGUUUAUGUAACAGUUUUUCUUGUUUUUAGCACUGUGUUUCCAUGUUAUCUUAUUACAAAUUUAUCAUGGACUUCCUGGCUAAAAUAUAAACUAUAUUUGGAUACGGAAAAGUAUAAACAGUAUAAUAUAGAUAACAAAACUAAAUUUACACGUACGAAAUACUGUUUUAUAAUGAACAAAAAAAUUGCUUACUUGUUAAUAUAAAUUAUAUGAUUCUCAAAACAUAAUAUCCUAAACGUGUUUAAAUCUUACAGAUUAUAUAAAGACUCAUAAAAACAAUAACUUACUAAUUUAAAUAUAACCAUGACAGUAAUA